UCUAUUGCCAUACAAUGACUAGAACAAAUUCCCACGUCUUCUAUUAUAUCAUCGUCUUAGGACUGACACUUAUCAAAAUCCAGUUAUCUGACGAAAGUGAGCUUAUCAUUAAGAGGCCAAAUGCAAACCUUACCAGAGUGCCCAAGGACCUACCCUUGCAGACAACUACUUUAGAUAUAUCACAAAACAACAUAUCUGAGCUUCAGACUUCUGACAUCCUUUCAUUGUCCAAGCUGAGGGUCUUAAUACUGUCCUACAACAGACUCCAGUACCUUAAUAUCAGUGUUUUCAAGUUCAACACAGAGCUGGAAUAUUUAGAUUUGUCCCACAACCAGUUGAGGGUGAUCUCUUGCCACCCAGCAGCCAACCUCAAACACUUAGACCUCUCCUUUAAUGCAUUUGAUGCCCUGCCCAUAUGCAAGGAGUUUGGCAACAUGUCCCAACUACAAUUUCUGGGAUUGAGCGGUUCUCAGGUACAAAAUUCAAGUGUGCAGCUCAUUGCUCAUUUGAACAUCAGUAAGGUUUUGCUGGUGUUAGGAGACGCUUAUGGGGAAAAAGAAGACCUCACGAAUCUUCAGCACAUUAACACCAAGACUCUGCAUAUAGUUUUCCCGUUGGAAAGAGAAUUUCGUUUUCUUGUGGAUGUGACUGUCAGCACUAUGACCAGUUUGGAACUGUCUAAUAUCAAGUGUGUGCUCGAAGACAAGGGCUGUUCUAAUUCCCUACAUGCUUUGUCAAAGCUUAGUAAGAAUCUGAAGCUCUCAAAUCUUACCCUGAACAAUGUGGAAACAACGUGGACUUCCUUCAUUGCUAUCCUCCAGUCGGUUUGGCACACACCAGUCAAGUAUUUCUCAAUUUCAAACGUGAAGCUACAAGGUCAACUUGCCUCCAGAAAUUUCAGUUAUUCUGACACUUCUCUGAAAGCUUUGUCGAUACAUGAACUUGUCACUGAUGUGUUUACCUUUCCCCAAAGUUACAUAUAUAGUAUCUUUUCCAAUAUGAACAUCCAAAACUUGACAAUAUCUGGAACACACAUGGUCCACAUGCUUUGCCCAUCCCAAGUUAGUCCAUUUCUGUAUUUGGAUUUUACAGAUAACCUUUUAACAGACAUGGUUUUUAAGGGUUGUAGAAACUUAACUGGAUUGAAAACACUUAGUUUACAAAAGAAUCAGUUAAAAAACCUUGAAAAUAUAAUUCUUAUGUCUGCAGAGAUGACAUCCCUACAAAAACUAGACAUUAGCCGGAAUUCUUUAAGGUACAGUGAUAGGGAAAACCAAUGCUCCUGGCCCCAGAGUUUGUUAGUUUUAAAUUUGUCUUCAAAUAUGUUAACAGGCUCUGUCUUCAGAUGCUUACCUCCCAAGGUCAAGGUCCUUGACCUUCACAACAACAGGAUAAUGAGCAUCCCUAAAGAUGUCACCAGCCUGCAAGCUUUGCAGGAACUCAAUGUAGCAUCCAAUUCUUUAACUGACCUUCCUGGAUGCGGGGCCUUCAGCAGCCUUUCUGUGCUGGUCAUCGACCAUAACUCAGUUUCCCACCCCUCUGAGGAUUUCUUCCAGAACUGUCAGAAUAUUAGAUCCUUAACAGCGGGGAACAACCCAUUCCAAUGCACAUGUGAGCUGAGGGAGUUUGUCAAAAACAUAGGCCAGGUAUCAAGAGAAGUGGUGGAGGGCUGGCCUGACUCUUACAGGUGUGACUACCCAGAAAGCACUAAGGGAACCCUACUGCAGGACUUCCACAUGUCUCCACUGUCCUGUGAUACCGUUCUGCUGACGGUCACCAUUGGGGCCACUAUGCUGCUGCUGGCUGCCACUGGGGCUUUCCUGUGUCUCUACUUUGAUCUGCCUUGGUAUGUGAGGAUGCUGUGUCAAUGGACACAGACCAGGCACAGGGCCAAGAACAUCCCCUUAGAGGAACUCCAGAGAAAGCUCCAGUUCCAUGCUUUUGUCUCAUACAGUGAGCAUGAUUCUGCUUGGGUGAAGAACGAAUUACUACCAAACUUAGAGAAAGAUGACAUCCGGGUUUGCCUCCAUGAGAGAAACUUUGUCCCUGGCAGGAGCAUUGUGGAGAACAUCAUACACUUCAUUGAGAAGAGUUACAAGUCCAUCUUUGUGCUGUCUCCCCACUUCAUCCAGAGUGAGUGGUGCCACUAUGAACUCUACUUUGCCCAUCACAAUCUCUUCCACAAAGGCUCUGAUAACUUAAUCCUGAUCUUGCUGGAGCCCAUCCCACAAUACUCCAUCCCUACCAAUUACCACAAGCUCAAAACUCUCAUGGCACGAAGGACCUAUUUGGAAUGGCCCACAGAGAAGACCAAACAUGGGCUUUUUUGGGCAAACCUACGAGCAUCCAUUAAUGUUAAGCUGGUUAACCAGGCAGAAGCAACGUAUUACACACAGCAAUAAGAAUGUUCACCCUAUCGGUGUUGCUGCUCUGGGGAGUUCUAAUGUUGGUACCAUUUGUAUCAGCAAGAACAUAAAAAUGAUUCUGACUUUAUGAUGUGGGAAUUUGUGCUUUUUAGCCCAAGUUUGCCACUAGUGUUUGCUAAUAAAAAUUAGU